GAGGGAAGGAUGGGAAACAAGCUUGGCCACCCCCGAGCUGCGCCGAACGGCCAUCUUGCAAAGUAUGAAGAGGCCCACAAGGAAGUGGAAAUCUGCGGACAAACUCUGCGUCAAGUGUCAAGGUUCCGAACCAACAGGGUGCAAGAAGCGGUGAUGUUGUUGUUCGCACUGGGUGCAAGCACGAGGGCAUCUUUUGGGGUAGGCCGCAAGAAGGCGGGGAAUCUGCAGAGUGAGCAAGCUCAGCAGGGGAUGGGUGAUGGAUAGUCUUGAGCAAGAAGACGUGCGGCCACCUUAUCGUGUUCUCGUCAACGGAAGGACGAUACAACGCAGGGUUCUGUAGCGGCUGCAGCCUCCAGGCUCCAUGGAGGCCCGCCGCUCAGAAUGCCGUCUUUCAGCGGCGGACGAUGUCGACCUCGACCUCUCACCGGCAGCCGCAAGUAUCGACGCGGUUCCCGGAUUUCGCAGCUCCACCCGAGCUGCUCGGAAUGGCCGUCUCGUUCGUACUCCGUACUCCGUACAAGUAGUAUGAUACGGGGUGGAGAGAUCCAGGAAGAAGGUUGGAAAUCCUUAGCGAGCGUACCCAGCCGGAGAGACUGGUGGGUGAACGUCACAUCAGUUACAGAGGCGGCCACCCCCCGCCUGCACGAAAAAUGCUCGACUGUGCUCUCUUUACCACGAAAAGCCUGAUUCGGGGCAUCAGAUCAUUGCUAGCUCAUUGCCCGCGCGGGCAAAUGUAUCGAUGGCAGAGGCGCAUGAUGCCGCGCUGGAUAGCAUGC